CUGGUUGCGGCGUCGAUGAACGUGAUGACGUAGUUGAAGUCGGCUUCGGUGUCGUCUCGAGGCAUGUUUAGAAUAUCGCUGUAGACUUUUUCCAUCGGAGCGUAAGUGGGUGCGCUUGGAUUGUGAUGGGCUUGGAAAGGUAUGGUGUUGGAGUGCCAGAAGCCGUCACUGUCGAAGUCGGGGUCAAGAUCCGGCGGGUGAGUCCAGGCGGCGAACGAUACGAUGCCAUCGCUGUCGGCAGUUCCGCGGUCGGGGACGAAGUCCAACACGAAGACACCGGACUUCAGGAGGGCACGACCGAUGAAGAGGCCGCCCUUCCCGUGAUGUUGAAGAGCGCCUUGGGGAACUUGCUUGAGUGGAAGCAACUUGUGGGUCUGCUGCUCGGUAAACGCGAGGGCGGUUGCAGUUGACUUUGGAGUGUCCGGAAGUCUGGCAGUUGUGGCAGAACGGCGGCACGAUGCGUGAAGCUCGGCGCAGAGGUGCAUCUCCGAGAUCCUUCCGUGGGCGCGAAGAAGCGAUCGUGUGGUUCUCCAUUCUGGUCCGAGCCCGGCGAGGACAAGUGUGACGAAGCUUUCUUCAGUGAUCGUUCCUCCGCACCGAAGCAGGCGGUCGCGCAGGGUCUGGCAGCGACUCAUAUACUGCAUCGCCUUUUCCCCGGUCUUCAUCUGUAUUGUUGUCAGCUGUUGCAUGAGUCUGCUUUGUGUCACGCUGUCGUUUGCUUGGUAGAGGCAUUUGAGAUGAUGCCAUGCGAGUUCCGCGGAGUUUCCAUAACUCCGAUACGUUCUGAUGCUCUGCUGCUCUUGUGGUGACAGGUUCCGCAGGAGGACUGUAUACGCCAGUAGCGACUGAUACGUGAAGAUCUCUUACCAGAGUUGCCGUGUUGAGUUUCUUGGCCGCUGGGUGAGCCCGUAGAGGCUUUCUUGCCCUUGCUGUCCAUGUCUUGUAAUCAAUGAAGUCGUUGAAUUGAGUUGAGUUGCAGUUUGUUGAUGGAGCGUAGUUGCUGGGAGUUUGAUCUCUGACCAGCUCUCAUACCAUGUUGGGCUGAGAAAAAGCCCUUAGGAUCUUUUGCAGAGACUAAGUCCCAGCUUGUAGAGACUUGAGACUUGGAGUAGUGCAGCGGAAGUUGAGGCAGUUGAAC